CCCCAAAGUAAACUUACACGAACAGGUACCUUUUACAGCUUUCCGCAAAACCAACGAACAACUAAACCACACCACAAAACCAAACACACAGCAUCACAUCACCAUGUCAACAGAAUCGCCCCUCGUCGUCCUCCCGGGCGAGGUCAUCGACCCCUCCCUCAUUCCCACCCACAAGAAGAACCCCCUCCGUCUCGGUCCCGGCCUGCGACACAUCCCCCCCAGCGAAAUCGUCCCCACGGUAGCCGGCCAGCUAGUAGUCGACCAUCGCAAAACUUCCAUGUGGAUAGAGUACAAUGGCGGUCGCUACAUCCCCUCCCAAGGCGACCUCAUAAUCGGCCAAAUCGCCCGCUCCGCCACCGACUUCUACUACGUCUCCCUCUCCCCUUACACCCCCAACGCCACGUUGCCUCACCUCGCCUUCGAGUCCGCCACCAAAAAAACCCGUCCCCAGCUGAGCCCAGGCGAGCUCGUCUACGCCCGUGUGUCGCUCGCCAACCGACACAUGGACCCAGAGCUGGAAUGCGUCAACUCCUCUACCGGCAAAGCGGACGGUCUGGGCCCCUUGAAGGACGGGAUGGUGUUUGAUGUCAGUCUGGGUUUCGCGAGACGGUUGUUGAUGGCGAAAAGUAGGGAGGAGGGGAAGGUGGAGGUGUUGGAGGCGCUGGGCGAGGAAGGGUUGGCGUUUGAGACGGCGGUGGGGAGGAAUGGGAAGGUUUGGGUGGGUAGCGAGAGUGUCAAGACGGUGGUGGUGGUGGGGAGGGCGUUGAGGGAGACGGAUGAGAGGGGGUUGGGGGUGGAGGCGCAGAGGAAGUUGGUGAAGAAGUUGGUUAGGGAGAUGCGUUGAGGAUUCCAGAGGAUUUUUUGGGAUGGGCCCUGGGUUGAAGAGGGAAAUAAAUGAUCACGACUGCGACGGUCAGAGAAGGGAAAAAGAGCAGGCAAGACCAGCAGCAAGCGGCUGGGUGACUGGCUGCGCUGCGAUAGAGCUUCUUCGCAAGAGGCAGGAGUCGGAAAUCUCUGAUGCCAAGACUUUGCGAGAGGGCCUGGCCGAUU